AUCUGUCAUAUCACAUACGGUUGGUUGGUAAGAGACAUUUUCAAACGUCAACGUUCUCUCCUCUAGUCCACCAUUCUCCUUGUAACAAUGCCUUCCCACUCCCAGUUUCCACCAAUACCAAUCCAUCCAAUCUCAAAAAAUGGACAUCCCAUCCACAACUUCCAAGAAAGUCGCCGUCGUAGGUGGUGGCGCAUCUGGGUUGGUGGCGGCGCGUGAACUUCUAAAAGAAGGUCAUAAAGUAGUGGUGUUCGAGCGUGGGGCCCAGUUGGGUGGAUCAUGGGUUUACUCGCCCGACGUUGAAUCCGACCCGCUUGGACUCGACCCGACUCGGAAAAUCGUUCAAUCCAGCCUUUACACUUCUCUUCGAACUAAUCUUCCUAGAGAAGCUAUGGGCUUUCGCCAAUUCCCUUUUCUCCCUUCUGGCAAAGCCGACAGAGAUUCACGAAGGUUUCCGGCUCACCAAGAGGUGCUGAAGUAUUUGGAGGAUUUUGCCCGUGAGUUUGAACUAAAUGAAUUUAUUCGAUACAACACAGAGGUGAGGCAUGUUGGGUUGGAAACAGAUGGAAAGUGGAUGGUGAAAUAUGAAAGGAUUGGUGGAGAUGAGGGCAGCAAAGUCGAUGAGCCAUACGAUGCUGUGGUUGUUUGCAAUGGACAUUUCACAGAACCACGAGUUGCUGACAGUAUUCCUGGUGUUGACCUUUGGCCUGGAAAGCAAAUUCAUAGCCACAAUUAUCGUAUACCAGAAUCCUAUCAAGACCAGGUUGUAGUUUUAAUAGGGAGUUCAGCUAGUGCCCUCGAUAUCUCUAGGGACAUUGCUGGAUUGGGCAAAGAAGUCCAUAUAGCAUAUAGAUCUGAGACGGUAGGAAGAUAUGGAAAACAUCCUGGUUACGAUAACAUGUGGCUCCAUCCAAUGAUAGAAAGAGCCCAUGAAGAUGGUAGAAUAUCGUUUCAAGAUGGGAGUGUGGUUCAUGCAGAUGUCAUUCUCCAUUGCACCGGGUACAAGUAUCAUUAUCCUUUUCUUCCUACCAGUGGUGUCGUGAAUGUCGAUGAUAAUCGUGUAGGGCCGCUGUACAAGCAUGUGUUUCCUCCUGCAUUAGCCCCAGGGAUCUCCUUCGUUGGUGUUCCAACAUUUGUUGUUCCUUUCUUUGUUUACGAACUUCAGAGCAAGUGGGUAGCAGGCAUUCUAUCUGGGCGUAUAUCACUUCCUUCUGAAGAAAAGAUGAUGGAAGACAUAGAAGUGUUCUACUCGGAUCUGGAAGCUAAGGGUGUUCCAAAGCGCUACACACAUAAGAUUCAUGAUUUUAAGCGGCUCUUUGGGCCAUUUGAAUACGAGGACUGGCUUGCUGCAGAAAGUGGCUGCCCUCUCGCUGAGGAAUGGAGGAAGAAUAUGUUUUACACGACAGUCCUUCGCGUGUUCAAACAAACAGAGACUUUUCGUGAUGAUUGGGAUGAUGAAGACUUGGUUCAGCAAGCAUAUGAAGAUUUUAUGCAUUACUUAUCUGCUGAUGGCAAGACUGUAGUUGCUGCUCCGGUCAUUUAAUUAUAAACCUUGUUUUGUGUCUGGUGAAAUAAUAGUUUCUCAUAUUGGUUUUUAUUGCAUGGUGCUGCUAUAAAACCUAAACAGAGAAAACAGGGUUUACUAUUGCAAUUGUGCAUUUGAGAUGUGUAAAUAAAAUUUCUUCAUUUUACAAAAACCACUAUAAAUGUGUACUCCGGUAACAUCUCAAGCAACCUUUCCGUUUA